GAAUAUUUCCACCUCCACCACCACCGCCACCACCCGCUCCUCCACGUUCAAUCCUCCUUCAUCUUCAUCGCCAGUUUCCGCCACUCCUCUCACUCGUCUUCUCAUCUCAUAUACACAACCAAUACCGGAGAAGUGCCGAUAAAUCAACCACGAUCUCAGAUCUCUAAGCUCUAUUCUCCUACGACUCCUUAUCUACAUUCAAGCUCCGCAGAUAUUCUCAGGCUGUAGCUGCAUUUCUCACGGUGAAGGUGAUUUGAGUGAUGGACCGCCUUUGGAAGAAGAAGAAGUCAUCUGACAAGGCUGAAAAGGCAGCGGCUGCUGCUGCUGCUGCAGCUGAUUCCUUGGCUGCUACUUUGGCUGCUGAAUCUCUAGGCAAUCAGGAUAAUUACAAGAAACCAAACUACGUUCAAAUUUCUGUAGAAUCAUAUUCACAUCUUACUGGUUUGGAAGAUCAAGUAAAGACAUAUGAAGAACAAGUUCAGACAUUGGGAGAUCAGAUUAAAGAUUUGAACGAAAAGCUCUCAGCAGCACAUUCAGAGAUUACUACGAAGGAUGACCUGGUGAAACAGCAUACAAAAGUUGCAGAAGAAGCAGUUUCAGGCUGGGAAAAGGCUGAAGCAGAAGCUUUGGCAUUGAAAAAUCAUCUUGAAUCUGUUACACUUUUGAAGCUGACUGCUGAAGAUAAAGCAUCACAUUUGGAUGGUGCUCUUAAAGAAUGCAUGCGGCAGAUACGAAAUCUUAAGGAAGAACAUGAGCAGAAGUUGCAAGAUGUUGUCCUUACCAAAAAUAAGCAAUGUGAAAAAAUUAAGCUUGAGCUUGAAGCCAGAAUAGCUGGCCUAGACCAAGAACUCCUCAGGGCUGAAGCUGAUAAUGCUGCACUUUCAAGGUCACUGCAAGAGCGCUCCAAUAUGCUCAUCAAGUUAAGUGAAGAAAAAUCACAAGCUGAGGCUGAGAUUGAGCUUCUGAAGAGUAAUAUUGAGUCAUGUGAAAGAGAAAUUAAUUCACUCAAAUAUGAACUGCAUGUGGCUUCAAAAGAGCUAGAAAUUCGUAAUGAAGAAAAGAACAUGAGCAUGAGAUCUGCAGAAGUAGCCAACAAGCAGCAUAUAGAGGGUGUUAAAAAAAUAGCAAAGUUGGAAGCAGAAUGCCAAAGAUUGCGAGGCCUUGUGCGGAAGAAGUUGCCAGGUCCUGCUGCACUUGCCCAAAUGAAGCUAGAGGUUGAAAGUUUAGGACGGGAUUAUGGAGAUACUCGACUAAGGAAGUCUCCCGUUAGGCCUUCCAGUCCACAUGUGCCCCAGGUGACUGACUUUUCCCUUGACCAUGUACAGAAAGUCCAGAAAGAGAAUGAUUUUCUCACAGAACGCUUAUUAGCAAUGGAAGAAGAGACAAAGAUGUUGAAAGAAGCUCUGGCAAAGCGUAACAGUGAACUUCAGGCUUCAAGAAAUCUGUGUGCCAAGACUGUUAGCAGGCUUCAAAGUUUAGAAGCUCAACUACAGAUUAGCAAUCAACUGAAAAGUUCCCCCAAAGGCAUUUCUCAAAUUCCUAAUGAAGGUCACUCCAGUCAAAAUGCUAGCAAUCCACCUAGCAUCACUUCUGUUUCUGAAGAUGGAAAUGAUGACGAUGCAAGUUGUGUGGAGUCAUGGACAACUGCAUUAAUGUCUGAACUCUCCCAAGUCAAGAAGGAAAAGAACAUUGAGAAGUCGAACAAUACUGAAAAUGCGAAGCACAUGGACCUUAUGGAUGAUUUUCUGGAGAUGGAGAAGUUGGCUUGUUUGUCAAAUGAUUCAAAUACAAACAAUGGAAGCACCAUUUCAGAGUGUGCCAAUGGUAAGACAUCUGAUAUUGCUAGGACUAGGAGUGAUGCAUCAGAAGAGAUUGCUUCUGCAAAAGAUCUCCAGUCUGACAAGCAUUCAUCAGUGAAUCAGGUAUCUUCUGAUGCAGAUUUGUCAGUAGUGAAUCCUGAAUCUGAUGCCGACAAGGCUCCUAUCAUGAAGCUUCGUGCAAAGAUCUCUAUGGUGCUUGAAUCGAUGUCCAUGGAUGUUGAUAUGCAGAGAACUUUGGAAGAUAUUAAACGGGUGUUGCAGGAUGCACAGGACAGUAUGUAUCAGCACUCUGUAAAUUGUGUCUCUGAGAAAGUACAGUAUUCUAAUCCAACAUGCAAUGGGCUGGCUUGUCCUAAAGACCAUGGCCUAACUUCAGAGAAAGAAAUUUCUUUGCUACAAGAUAACAAGCUGGAUUCAGAAACUGUGCAAAUUAGUCAUGAAUUGGCAGCUGCCAUUACUCAGAUUCAUGACUUUGUGAUGUCUCUGGGAAAAGAAGCAAGGGUAGUUGAUGAUGCCUGUUCCAGUGACAAUGAUUUAAGCCAAAAAAUUGAGGAGUUCUCUGUCACCUUUAACAGGGUCUUAAGCAGGGAAGGAAUUUUGGCUGACUUUGUUUUUGAUCUUUCUCAUGUUCUAGCUAAAGCUGGUGAGAUAAAAUUCAAUAUGCUGGGCUAUAACGGAGUAGAAAUUAGCAGUCCUGAUUGCAUAGAUAAGGUUGCUUUGCCGGAAAAUAAGGUUGUUCAACAGGAUUUAUCAGGAGAAAGAUAUCAGAAUGGCUGCAUCCAUAUUUCAAACCCUGAGGUUCCUGAUGAUGGGAAUUUAGUCUCAGAUUAUGAAGCAAAAACUGCUCCCUGCAAAGUCUCUUUGGAGGAGUUUGAAGAACUGAAAUCAGAGAGAGAUAGCAUGGCAGCGGAUCUUGCUCGAUGUACCGAAAGUCUGGAGAUGAAGAAAUUGCAAUUACAUGAAACUGAGCAGCUUAUAGCAGAAACUAAAUCAGAAUUGGCUUCUGCUCAAAGGACAAACAGUUUGGCUGAUACGCAGCUCAAGUGCAUGGCAGAGUCUUAUAAGUCACUGGAAACACGUGCAGACGAGUUAGGAAGUGAGGUGAACCUUCUCCAGGUAAAGAUAGAAACUCUCGAAAAGGAGCUUCAAGAUGAAAAGCAAAGUCAUCAUGAUGCUUUAGACAGAUGUAAAGUUCUUGAGGAGCAAUUGCAAAGGAAUGAAAGCUGUUCUGUCUGUUCUUCUGCAGCUGAUAGUGACCUGAAGACCAAGGAGGAGAGAGAAUUAACAGCUGCAGCGGAGAAGCUGGCAGAGUGUCAAGAAACCAUAUUUCUUCUGGGCAGGCAGUUGAAAGCUCUACGUCCUCAAACAGAAAACAUAGGAUCACUAUACAUUGAAAGAAGUCAAAAGGGGGAAGGAUGCACGGAAGAUGAAACCACUACUAGCAGCAACUUCCUAGACUCAGACCAGGUGGAGAUGGAUGCAGCUACUUCUGCUAGCAUCCUGAGAACUGGUGGAGAGUCCCCAGUGACUCAGUACACCUCACCAUGCAGUCCAUCAGAUACCGAAGGAAACCAUAGGAGAUCACCAGUCAACUCAAAGGUUCCAAAACAGGUGCCUACCAAGUCAAGCUCACCGUCUUCCUCAUCCACUACAACACCAGAGAAAAACCAGCGAGGAUUCAGCAGAUUCUUCUCCUCAAAAGGGAAAAAUGGUCAUUAAGUUAAGCCAACACGGGUCGUGGGUAUAAUAAUCGCAAAUGUUUGAGAAGGCCAGUUAAUAAGAACCAUAGACAUCAACAGUUGGAGUCCUCUCAGUAUUGUUGGAUGUUGAGAAUCACUUUUUGGAGGUCUGUGACUUCUGUAAGUCAAGUAUUUGCUUAGUUUCACAUUGUGAAGUUAUGCAAGGGACGUCAAGUAAACUUUUGUAACUAAUGACUGUAUAUGAUAUCUACAUCCAGUCAAUAAUCUGCUUCUUAUUCCUUUUGUACUUAUGGGGAAAUGAAUGUGAGAACUGUUUCUAAAUUGUUCUACUCCCUAUGACCCAGAGGCGGUUUUUUUUAAAAAAAAAAUAAAGAUUGAUAGAUAAU